GGGGAGAAGGAGGAAGUGAAGAGAGACUGGAUCGCUUUGGAAGCGGGCACGCUACCCCCUCAUUUUACAUUACCUCUUUACUUUGCAGCGUUCCUCAGGUUAAAUAGCCCUGGAUGCCGGACGUUAAACCACCAGCAAGGCGGGAGCAGCGGCCUCGAUAAACUGGGUGGGGUGGGCAUGGCAAACACACUGGCUGGCUACAAGUGGAGUGUUGCCUUCUGCUGGGGCAAGGAUUUGGAUGAGUGAUGCGUCCACCUGCCAGCCAAUGAGAGCCUCUUCUAAGAGAAUGGAACAGGAGAAGUCUUUUAAAUUUAAAUUAUUCGUACCACCAAGGUUGAGUAAUACUCAGGUAUCUGCAGUCAAACCACAAACUAACACUGGGGAUGGUGGAUUCUUUCAGAAUUUUAACAAGGAAACACAAAAUGGUUAUAACUUGCCUUUUGGGAUGAAAAAUACACCAAAACACAUGGAAGCCAUAGACCCUGUUUCGUAUAAAGCAAAACUUGUGCCUGAGUUAGAUCAGGAGAAUAUGGAGUCAAUGAAUGAACUUUAUUCAAGGCUUUACAAAGAAGCUGAAAAGAUCAAGAGAUGGAAAGUCAGUGUAGAAUAUGAACUAAAAGAAAAGGAAAGAAAAUUGCAAGAAAAUAGAAAGAUUAUAGAUGCACUGCGCAAAGCCAUUCAAGAAUUACAGUUUGAAAAUGAAAAACUAAGCCUAAAACUGGAAGAUGAAAUACAUGCAAAUAAAGAUCUUCUAAAAGAAAACAAUGCUACAAGGCAUUUGUGCAACUUGCUCAAAGAAAAGUGUAUGCAGUCAAUGGAGAAGUCCAACAAAUAUGAAUAUGAACGAGAAGAAACCAGGGAAAUGUAUAUGGAGCUUAACACUAACAUUGAGGUACUGCAGCGGGGACAGUCGGAAGGGGCUUAUGACUACAACGGAUCACUUCCAGAUCUUAAGUUACAGAGAAUGAUACAGGCCUUUGAGGAACUUCGUGUACAAGCAGAGAACUCCAGAUUAGAAAUGUAUUUUAAAUUAAAAGAAGAAGCAGAAAAAAUAGCACAACUUGAAAAAGAUUACCAAAUAGAGAUGGACACCAUGGGCAAGCAGGUGUCAAUGUUGACAAUGCAAAAUGGUGAAAAAGAUAAUAAAAUGAAAGAAAUAAGCAUUCAGUUACAGGAAUCAAGAGAGCUCAUUACUGAGUUAAAAGAAAUUAGAAAACAACAAGAUGAGGUGCAAAAAAGAGAACAAAACAAACAGCAAUGCUUGUUGGUGCAAUUGGAAGAAACAAAAAGCUCAUUGCAAAACGCAGAGAGUUCUUGUAAGAGUUUAGAAAAUGAGUUGCAAACUGCAGUGAAAACAUUGAUUCAGGUCACUGAACAAAAAGAAAUGACUGUAGAAGAACUUAAAGAAACCAGGGUACUGCAUGCAUCAGUUAUUGUUGAAUUCCAAACUACUGUUUCUAAUUUGAAAGAGUUGCUGGAGAAAGAAGAAAUAAGACAGAAGGAACUCAGAGAUGAGUCAGAUGUAUUAAUUUUGAAACUCCAAAAGAAAUCAACUGAAUUAGAAAUGAUGGCUAAACUGAGAAGUAACAAAGAAAAACAAGUUGAAGAAAUGUCAAGAGCCUUGGAAAGUGCAGUCAAAGUUCAAAAAGACUUGGUGCAUCAGUUAGAGAAUGAACGAUCAGAAAAAAAUCUAUUAAUAAAGGAAAAGGAAACUAGAAACUCUGAUGACUCUAGUGUUCAGGUGCAAGUCCAAGAGCUUUUAGAUGGAAAACAGUUUCUUGAGAAAGCCAUUGAGAAAUUACAAGAAAGAGAAAAAGAGCUGAAGGAUACUCUUCAGAUCAGAGAGGAAAAGAUACAUGGUCUGGAAAUGAAGUUAUCUGAUGCGUUUGAAAAUAAACAAAAUUGCUCACAGGAGCUUGCAACACUGGAAGCAGAGCUUGAAAAAGAAAGAUUAAGGAAUGAACAACUAAGAACAGACUGCAACAAACUUUUAUUGGACAAUGAACAUAUCACAACAGAGAAAAGCAAUAUACUUAAUGAGCUAAAGGACAAUAGAAAGAUGGGAGAAAAUGCUAAAAAGCAAAUAGAAAACCUCAAAGAAAUAAACAUCCAGUUAAGGAAUGAAUUGGAAUCUCUGAAGGUUAAGAUGAAAAAGAAAGAUGAAGAAUCUAACAGCAAACUUGAUGAAAGUGAAGAAAAGGUUAGAAAAACUGAAAAUGAAAUUUCAAAAAAAGAAAAACAACUGAAGACAUUAGAAAACAAGAUUAAUGGUUUAAAGAAACAGAUAGAAACUAAAACCAAGAAUGCUGAAGAAUUGCAGCAAGAAAAUAAGGUUUUACGAAAGAAGGUUGCAGCAGAAAGCAAGCAAUCCAGUAUUACUGAAGGAAAGAUGAACACAUUACAAUCAGAACUGGAAAAUAUAAAUAAACUGUAUAAAGAAAAAAUAGACAGCUACAACAAAGAAAUUGAGGUGGCAAAAGCAGCAGAAGAAAAACUUCUCAGAGAGGUAGAAAAAAUGAAAGCUGUGGCUGCUGAAGCAAUGGCAAUGCAGAAAGAAAUAGACAUUCGAUGUCAGCACAAGAUAACAGAAAUGGUAUCACUUAUGGAAAAACAUAAGCACCAAUAUGAUAAAACAGUUGAAGAAAAAGAUGCAGAACUGGAAUAUUAUAAGGCAAAAGAACAAGAACUAUCAUCAGCAAAAGGUUCCUUGGAAAAUGAGCUUUCAUGUAAGAAAAAUGAACUUUACUCACUUCAGGAGCAGCUUAAAACAGAAAUAGAAGAUAAGGAAAGCCUGGUAAGAGAAGCAAAAAAGAGUGAUAUUUCUAGAACAGAAAAAAAACACAAGAAAACGCAAACAUCCUUUCUGGAAACUCCUAAAGCCAGUAGCUUAGAGUCUUUAUCAGUUGAUUUCAAAAAGAACAUGUCCCAAAACGUCAUACCUAACAAUGUGAGCAAGUUGGGGAACACAGCAAAGACUUCUUGGACACCUGCCAAGACAUACACUGUGAAAACACCUCCAAAAUCAAAAUUGCUAGGAGAAUGCACUAAUCUACUUUCAGAAGAAGGAACAAAGAAAAAGAGAAAAGUUAUCUUAGAACUGGAUACUCGAUCAGAUAGCUCCGAGAACAAUGACCUUCUGAGUUUCUUGUCAGAGGAAGAAAUGUUUAAAAAACUGUAUAAAGAUUGUCCACAAACUCCUUGUCGAAGUGUCAUGACACCAAAAAAGGUUCAGACUUCAUCCACUCUGAAAACUCCUGGAGGUUCCGUUAAACUUGCAGCUAUAAGAAAGAUGCGAGAGGCUGGAUGGGCUGCUGUCUCCAAAAUGGACAGAAGGCAAAAAAUGAAAGAAGCUGGGAAACUCUUUACAUAAGCUUAAAACUUAAUACAGCUAUAGAACUAUUUUAUUAUUACCAUAUUUGAAUUUGACGCUUACCUUUGUUUUAUUAUGUUACAAUAACAUUUCUCAAGUUGCCUGUUUUUCUAGUUUUAUUAGAUAAGAAAAUUAAGUGUGAAUACAAAUGCAAAGAAAAUACUAAUAUUUGUCUGUAUAAGUUAAACGAAGGAGGAAAAGCUUAAAUGUACAACAGUUAUAGUUGUAAACAUCACCUAAAAUUCCAUAGUCAUCAUCCUCUUUAUAAAUUUAUAUAAUUUAUUUCAUAAUAUAGAUGAAUGUUUAUAUGUAUUAAUGCCUAUAUAAUAUUUUCCAGUAAUUAAUAAAGGACUACCAUUGUUUGCUAGAA